UGGCGGACUUGAAGGUCAGGUUAAAAGCGCCGGUCCGAAUGAACCGGCUCCGAGAAGUGCGUGGGACCGACGCUGUCUCACGUCUCCGGCUUCUUGCCUGUUUACGAACUCAAAACCUCCAGCACUAGUCGUACCAAGUGAGAAUGUCAUAAAAGCCGGCGGCAACGCGCUGCAAUCUCCAUACGCAGCUGCAGUCUUUAAUCGUGCUGAAGAUAAGCCAGCUUGCAGAACAAUGCCCAGUGGCGAGCAUACCAGACUCAUUCUUCAAAGCAAGGACUCCUUAGCAAUGCUGGGGUGCAGCAGCUGCUGAGAUACAGGCUUCAUGAAGGAAUGCGAGCACAUCCGACGGCGAGGGUUGAGGUUGUGUCGGGGAGGGACGGUGCGGUUGGGUGAAGCGCUCGGCAUUUGCAGGGAAGCACGAGAGCUUGGAGAAGGGGAUGAGGAUGUGCUCUGCGCGCAGGAUGCCGGCCGGGAGGCCACAGGCGAUGCUGAGGGGUAGAAUGUCGGCGAGUCAUAGGUCCAGAGAGCCGGACACCGAGUCCGAGCCUGCGGCGCGAAAGGUGGUAUUGUCGACCUCGGUCUUGCAAAUGCCGUACUGGCCUUCGGUGCUAGCUGUGUUCGUUAGAGCGAAGAGAGGCGAGCGCGCGAGGAUAACGAUAGCCGCGACUUCAGCUUUGGCGAAAAAGGCGGAGAACGCGGGAGGAGGAGGAGGUGGUGGUGGUGGGGUGGUGCGAAAGCGGAAGCAGUUGGUGAUGCUUUCGCGCUCGGCGUCGUCGACGAAGGAGCGGCAGUUGAUGAUGAAUUCACGGGGCGGGGGAUUGUGCAAGAAGAUGUGUCAGGUCAGAGAGAAGAUGAAGACAGCGCGGGCGAAGGUGGGGGCUGGUCUGCGGCAGCAGUCGACCUGGUAUGCAGACAUCCUAGCACGUGAGCGCCCGCGAUGGCACACAGGCAACCCGCUCAUUAGGGAGAGGGACUUGAUGCAGUGAAUGAGACUGCAACAUAAUACAAGCGUGACCAACGCUGCUGCUGCUGUUACAUCCACU